CGCACCGGAAGGGAUAGUAGUUACGGCAUGAUCAGCUGGCAUCACCACGAGACACAGUCACUACAGAAUUACUGAAAGAGUCAGAUCAGUGAACAGCGUCCCUAGGCUAGAUCUGAGGCAGCCGCUUCCCCCGCGACUAAAUAUUAUGACUACCCCAAUUUCCACCAGCAACCACACACUUGGCUGUGCAGUGCCGCCCUUCACUCCGCAUGCGAUCUCUGUUUCGUUGCCUACAUGGGCAGACAACGUGGGAUACGAGCAAGGAGAGAAGCGCGUCGUCGAUGCGAUGGUGUCCGGAUACCCAAGGUUCUUUAUCCAUCUAAGCAUCCAAAAGCUUGCACGGAUGUGUGAGCAAAAAUUUGGGGUGCACAAUGAAAGUUGUCUGCUAUACCCAUCCAAGAAAAUUGCAGAUCGGUGUCGAGCUUUUAUCCUUGAACGUGCAUCAUUAGAAGGCACGCCAACGCACGUGCGGCUCGUGCAAUAUCGCAUUUGUCCUGAAGACAGUCCGUUGCCAUCAUCGCAAUCUACUGUGGAGCUACACAUUGUUCUCUUCCCAACGGAGGCAUUUCCUCUUGCGAAACAAUUCUGGCAGCAUACUGGUCUGGGUAUCUCCUCCCGCCUCGCCGAUUACUGUCUCUCCUUGCUCCCUGCCGAAUUACCAAAUUCUCCAGUACUCUCCUCGCCAACGCCUCCUCGUGCUCCAUUCAAGGCGCCGAACAAGCACUAUAGCAUCAAGCACGCCCCACGAUCGCCAUCCUUUGGAUCGGCUCUUCCCAGUCCGAACCCGCAAGACGUACUUAGUAAAGACCUGAGUAUCUAUCUCGAAGAGCGCUACGGGAGAAACCUCCCAGUCAGCGCUGGUUCUUCUGCAAAGCGGGCAUUACGCAGACGCAUUGCCGGCGUGCUCGUCAGAGACAACUGGGAAGACUGUCCGCAGGGUCCAUGCACAGGCGCCCACGAUUUUGAAGUGGGGCCCAGUCACCGAGGUGUGAAGGAGGUGACUGAGGACGACGUAUACUUGUUUUCGACCGGCAUGUCUGCAAUUUGGACUGCGCAUCAAUUAGUUCUAGGCGCAAGGCCACCAGCCAAGAGCGUGUGUUUUGGAUUUUCGUACACUGAUACCCUGAAAGUCCUGAAAAAAUGGGGUCCUGGGUGUCAUUUCCUCGGACACGGUCUGGACUCUGAUAUAAACACGCUGGAGACAAUUAUUGAACAGGAACUUUCUGCGAACCCUUCCUCGCAGCCCAUCGCUGCACUUUUCACAGAGUUCCCGUCAAAUCCUCUUCUUCGCUCGGCUAACAUCUCCCUCCUUCGUGCGGUUGCAGAUAAAUAUGAUUGCCUGCUCGUCAUAGACGAGACCAUCGGAAACUUCGUCAACGUCGACGUAGUGCAACACGCAGACAUUGUUGUGAGCAGCCUGUCCAAGAUAUUUAGCGGUGACGCGAACGCCAUGGGCGGAAGUUUAAUUCUAAAUCCUCAAAGGCGUCACUACGCCACGCUCAAAGCGUACAUGUCCGCUACAUACGAAGACACAUACUUCGAUGAAGACGCCAUCUUCAUGGAGCGCAACUCCCGUAACUUUGCACGGCGCAUUCGCAUCAUCGACGAAAACACCCUCGCGGUUUGUGAGUACUUGCGAUCGCGAUCCAUCUCAGGCGGAACAUCCCUACCAUCUCCCGCCAUCAAAGAAGUCUUCUACCCAAAAUACAUCACGCCUGAAAACUACCUCUCGUGCAAGCUUCCGGAAGGAGGCUACGGAGGGCUCUUUGCACUCACGUUCACCUCGCUUGCUGCUUCGCAGGCGUUUUUCGACAACAUGCCAUUUUCAAAGGGCCCGAGUCUUGGAACAAACUUUACGCUCGCGUGUCCGUACACCAUUCUAGCGCAUUAUUUGGAGCUCGGAUGGGCGGCGGAGUAUGGUGUAGAAGAGGGCUUGGUUAGGAUUAGUGUCGGGUUAGAGGAAAGGGAGGGGCUUCUAGAGGGUUUUAAAGUGGCUUUGACAGCUGCAGAAGCUGCGAUGUAAGACGGCUUCUACUUGGGGUGCUCCAACAGUACUUGCUUGUUUCUACCGUUCAACUCGGUACUCGCAUUGGUAAGGGUCAUUAGACCCUUCAGCGAGUUUAUACCUCUUGCGCUUGUCAGACUAUCUAGUGUCACCGCACUGACUGACAAUUUGCAUAAUGUAUCGAAUAUAAACUA